AUGGCCAAGAAAAAAAAUUCGAACACCUUAGACUUAUUUGUUACAAAAUUACCACAUCACUUGUUAUCUCGUAUGGAAAACUUCUCUGACCUAUGCUCAGAUCAUUCCCCUUUAUCUCUAACUAUAAACAAGACAAUUGCUACUCGUACAUCUAACUGUUUCCUUUUAAAUGGUUAUAUAAACUGGAAAACAUUUAAUCAAACUCUUACACGAAAAACAAUACCUAAUACCCAACUUCAGUCACUAGAAGACAUUAACGAAGCAAUAAAUUAA